UGGCCCAAUCAGUAGUAGGCGUUUAGGCAGGCGGUGGGAGACGUCGAGCAAGGCUUAGGGCUUCUACAGAUCACCGGCGGUAUUGGUCUUCGCGUCGGAGCCAUGGUUGAGAGAGAGGAGCGAGUUUCACUGGAACUCAGCGAAGAAAUUAUACAGAGCAUGGAACCUGGUGCCGUUUUCAGAGACUAUAAUUGCAGGAUCAGCUCCAUUGACUUUAACAAAACUUCUACUUAUAUGGUCACUGCUAGCGACGAUGACUCAAUUCGUCUCUAUGAUGUUGCAUCCGCUACAUGUCUCAAGACUAUCAAUAGCAAAAAGUACGGUGUUGAUCUUGUUUGCUUCACUUCCCAUCCCACAACUGUCAUCUACUCUUCCAGAAACGGAUGGGACGACUCUCUGAGGCUUCUCUCUUUGCACGAUAACAAGUACUUGCGUUACUUCAAAGGACAUCAUGACAGAGUUGUUUCGCUUAGCUUGUGCUCUGGUGGGGAGUCCUUCAUAUCCGGUUCUCUUGACCGAACUGUCUUGCUUUGGGAUCAAAGGGUCGAGAAAUGUCAGGGUCUCUUACGAGUCCAGGGAAGGCCUGCUGCAGCUUAUGAUGAUCAAGGGUUAGUUUUUGCAAUUGCCUUUGGUGGCUACAUAAGAAUGUUUGAUGCCCGUAUGUACGAAAAGGGUCCUUUUGAAAUAUUUUCCGUUGGAGGUGAUUUUUCUGAGGCAAAUGUUGUCAAAUUUAGUAAUGAUGGAAGGCUCAUACUGCUCACAACCAUGGAUGGCUAUAUUCAUGUGCUUGACUCGUUUCGUGGAACCCUCCUAUCCACUUAUAAUGUGAAACCAGUAGCUGAAGAAUCUACAUUGGAUGCAACCUUCAGUCCUGAAGGGAUGUUUGUUGUUUCAGGUUCAGGCGAUGGUAGUACCCAUGCAUGGGGUGUAAGGAGCGGAAAACAGGUACAUAGUUGGAUGGGUAUAGGCAGUGAGCCCCCAGUUAUAAAAUGGGCUCCGGGAAGUCCAAUGUUUGUGACAGGCUCUUCAGAACUUGCUUUUGUAAUCCCUGACUUAUCAAAGUUGCCAGCUUACUCCAUAAGGAAAUAGGAGUGACAUUGACUGUAAUGUGCCAUGUAAAGGAGUCUAGUCUUCCUCAGUUAGGCAUUGGUUGAGACAGUGGUGUUGGUGAAGCCGGUAACUUAUUACGAUUACUACUUUGUUUGUCUUGUAUUCUAACAAGUACCCCUAAAGAUAGAUAAAUCUCAAGUCUCAGCAGACUGUUUCUGUCUGA